AUGCUUCAGUGCGUAACAUGCCCGCUGAUAUUUGCCUCGGCCGAUAAACUCAAUGCAUCAGAACAGUCGCCUGUUUGUUCAGUGGUUAUAUUCAAGUACGAAAUCGGCAAGCAAGCUGCUGUUGCAGCGUUUGCAAUAGACAUCCUGCUACUUGUUCCAUUUGCUAUACUACUACAUUUCAACCAGUAUAAGAAGCAAAAUUUACCAUCUCAUUUGCCGUGUUUUCUGAGCGUGAAGUACCAGCUGAACGAGAAUAUUCAUACAACAAAGCUUAUGUUCACAACGGUUGUUGCGAACAUCGCCACUGCACUGUAUAUGGUACCUGUAACGUUAAUCUAUGGGGUGAAUAUUGAAGCCGAUGCUCCGCUUCCUAUGAGUAGUACCACAAUGCAGCACGUUAUUGCAUAUGCUCCUUGGGAAGCAUCCAUUGAAGUUCAGCUUCCAGUAGUUUCGAUUGUAUUCACUGCACUGCUUCUCUGGCUGUCACCACAAUUCCGUUCCACGGCCUGGCGAGUGUUGCUACUUUCUCGAUGUUUCCCACAACCCAACGAGAGCAUACGGAAAUUCGGGAUCGACGAAGAGCAGCAGGUGUACUUCAAAAGUCUGCAAGUUGCUUGGGGUGAUAAGCAGUAUCCUAGGCCGGUGAAAAUACAACUCAAAUAUUAA